AUAAAUGUUGUUUGGCCAAAAGGAAAAAAAGAAAAUUCCAAAUAUUGUGCUUCCAUUACACCGUUUGGUAAUUUCCUGGAGAGAAUAUGGAUUAGGCCCAACUCCAAAGGACAGGGAAAGGGAGGACCCAAAGUCUAAACGAAGUGUCCGCGGCCCAGUAUUCAAACACGCGACCUUUCUUUUUGUUGUUAUCAUUGCUGAAGAAAAUCUGGUUUCCUUCACAUAUAUGAAUUGAUCCGCUUAGAACAUCAGAUUAUAUUAAAAAAAUUAUUGAAUUUGGGUGGAUUGUUUUGGAUCUACAAAAAAUUUGAUUUGAAAUAUACGAAACGAAUAAGCGCGAUGUGUUUGAAGAUAUUUGUGGUGGUGGUGGUGGGUUUGGUUGCAUCAGCUCAGAUUUCUUUGGCAUCCACGGUGCCUGCUUUUCUGUGGUCUCCGGUCUUCUUUAGCAUUGAAUUGAAGAAAUCUUUAAAUUAUCAGAUCAUGUCUCCAAAGGACCUAGCCAACUCUGUUCUCUUUCAAGGCGGCUGGUCCGACUUACUGUGCUCCAGGAGUAAACAUGAACACCUUGUUGAUCUGGCAAUUGUUUUUGUUGGUAGAGAGCCUAUACGAGUUUUAUUGAUUCAUUCUUUCUUGAAGGAGUUGAAGUUGCACUCUUCAGAUGUUGCUGGAAACAAACAUGUAGAGCCUGUGAACUUGCUUAAGGUCUCUUUUACCAGGUCCAAUUUUUCAAUGGCAUUUCCAUAUGUUGCUCCCUCUGAGGAGGAAACAAUGGAGAAUUUGUUGGUUUCAGGUUUUAAGGAAGCUUGUAGGCAUGGUCUGGGAGUCAGUAAUGUUGCAUUUUCAGAAUCAUGCUCUAUAGAGGGUGGAGAUUUCCAGAAGCUUGCUAACUUGAGUUCAAUCCAUGAUCAUCUAAUUUCAAGGAUGGAAAAGAAAACAAAGGGGGAGACUGAUUUGGUUGUCCUAUGCGAUGGAGGUUCUCAUUCUGCAAAAGAGCUUGACCAACCAUACCCUGAGAGUGAGAUUAUGAAUGAAGUCUUGAGUUCUUUGGAGCAGUCUGGGGCAAAAUAUGCUGCUCUUUAUGUUUCCGAUCCUUUUAAGUCCAUCCACUAUCCUGGUUACAGAGAGCUUGAAAGGUUUCUUGCUGAAGGUACUGCAGGAAAUGCUUCAGCCAAUUCCACAGGCUGUGAUGAGGUUUGCAAGAUAAAAUCAUCACUCCUAGAGGGAGUUUUAGUUGGAAUUGUGUUGCUUUUAAUUUUAAUAUCAGGCCUUUGCUGUAUGAUGGGCAUUGACACUCCGAUAAGAUUCGAGGCGCCCCAAGACAAUUGAUUGGAUGUUUGACCUAGCAUCUUUAUGUUGUAUUAAGGCUUCUCUCGUAGGGACCGGUGGUAGGUAAUAGUUGCUAAGUAGUUUCAAUGGCCAGGAAUGUUACCAUGUAAUAUUUAUUUAAUUUCUUAAUUUGUUUUAAUAAUAUUGGUAACAACGGAGAAAGAUGGUAUUUUUUUGGAAGUUUGUUUUGACUUGCUUACUGUGUGAGGAAUUUGGCGAGUGGCUUUCACUUCAUAGGCGCUGUUGACAAUGUAAUUAUUGUGAUCGUAAAGAGAAUAAAAUAUGUGAAAGAGAUGGUCUUAAUCAUUUGUCUGCGGAUUUCUUCGAGGGUACUUAUAUUUUGGCAAUUCAAAUUCCAUUUAUCUCUGUUUAAGCUGAUGCGAAGAAGCAUAUUAUUUCCUAGUUGAUCAAGUACUUGACUCUUUUUGAAUGCAUUAUUCUAUUGUCUUCUGUCGGUGGUUAUAUUGUCCAAUAUUGAAGGUCUUCUGGGUAACAAUGGUUGAUAUUCACUAAGUUUAGGAAUGGCCUUUAACAAUGUUGAAGGUAUUCUGAGUAACUGUAAUUCCUCCACAUAAACCAUGUCAAACUCAUUUUUUUUUCCCCUUUAGUGAAAGUAUCUAAAUGGUUGAUUGGUGAGCAACGGCCUCGAUGAUCUAAAAGCUUUUGGAUUGGAUUGGAUUGAUUGUGGAACUGUUUCUUCUUAUUGCUUAUGGAGAGGCAUAGGUAAUGAAGGAAGUGAUUUUGUAAUCGCGUGUGCAUCUAGCCGUUACUUGAAGAGCUCCGCUUCGCUCUAGUGAUUUCCUUUAUUACAAGGCCUUCAUUUGCCCUGUUUGGCAGC